UGUUGUUGUGGCGGUAAGUAAGCCAACAUGUAUUAGAGCCAUACAGUAUGAAGAAAUUAGCCCUAAAUCGUAAUUAUUAGUUAUGAAAAACAAUUUUCGCAGCGGGAAUUCUCCUCGCAAUAUUAUGGAAUACAGUAGCCGUUAAUGUAUUGUAAUGUUCGGUAACCGCGAGAUGUAUCAAGCUAACGUUAACACUUAGUCCAGUCGUUGGGUAACGUUAACGUUAACUUUAGCUAGGGACUUUUUUGUGCUCCAAAUGUCAGAGAAGCAGGACUCUGAAGAUGACAUUUGGGAGUAUAAACCUCUUGAGAAGAAAAAGAAGAGACACGAAUCACCGUCUGCAACUGUGACAAAAAGAAAAUGUACUGUCAGGAAAACCUCCAAGAGAGACUCUUCUUUCUCAGUCAAGUCACCUGACCGGAAAGUUAAGAUAGCUGAAAGUGGAGAUUGUAGGUCUGUUCUUACUGGAGACAGCAGUUUACAGGCGCAUAAUCUACCCUUAAAGUUAUCUCCUUCUGGUGACACAGUGCUAGCAGACAAUGCUGCUGCAGAGGGACCAUCCUCUGGAGACUUUUGCCCCAUGUGUCAGAUGCCCUUUUCCAUAUUGGUGGUACAGACUCAAAGAUGGCAUGUUGCUGAAUGUCUUGACACCCCCAGGGACACAUGCGAAGAAUGUCCAGAUGGCCUCCGGUGCUUCUCCACCAUUCCAAACCAUUACAAGAAAUUCAACCACAACCUCUUGGCCCAUAGUCGAGCAAACAGUGACACAGCCCUCCUCAGCCUACCCCAGCAGGCAGGGACCAGUGGGAAGACCGACCUCAGUUGUCUCCCAGGACUGAUAAACAAUGAUGUGGAUGGCUCUAUUUUAGAGAUUUCACAGGAUAAUGCUUUUAGUCUUUCUGCCGUUUCCAAUCAUAGUGUCUCCCCUCACAGUAAUCUCACUGGAACACCUCCAUCUAAACUUACAAAUGGACUUCUGUUACUGCGUUCACCUGGCCCAGAGGAUUUUAAGAAAAAGAAAGGAUGGUCGUCCUCUACUAAAAGACAAAAGCCCAUCAGUGCUUCUCAAGAAAGUAGAACAGAGCUUUCAUCCACUCCUGUCAAAGCAGAGAGUGGAAUACAAGCUUGUGAAGGUUUAGCCAAUUGUGAACCUUCCCCUGACAACAAUGAUGCAAUAUCCUAUUCUCCACUUUCAGAGUUCCCUGCAGAGACUGAAGUCCAUAAUAGCGAAUGUCGAAAAGCCCUUUUUAAUAAUGAUGCAUUUGAAAAUGAGAAUGAAAACUCAAUGGUGCUGUUCAGUGACGGUUUCUCAAGUGAAGAUGAGCUCCUCAUUCAUUCUGAAUUAUAG